ACGGAAGCCACAUUUUCUAGAAUAUUUUAUCUGUGCAUCCGUCUUCCAUAAAUGAAUCGGUGCGGCGAGGCGGCGGCAUAGAAAGACUAUCAAUUUUCGUGAGUCGAACAGUGAAUCUAGUCUAAAAGUCAACGUUUGUUGCAUUUCUGCGUGUGACAUUUUACAACCCCGUGCAAAUAUACCUACACUUUUAAACAUGUCUGGUGAAGCACCUGUACCUCCUGCCGUUUUAUGGGCCCAGCGCAAAGAAGACGUUUUUCUCACGUUUAGCAUUGAAUCUAAAAACCCUACGAUUAAAAUAGAAAAGGAUUCUGUUUACUUUAAAGGUGUGAAUGAAUCAGACAAAAAAGUACACGAGGUUACAAUAAUGUUAUAUGAUGCUGUGAUCCCUGAAACAAGCGCCUUCGUAAAUAAAGGAAGAUGCAUAGAAAUGGUUCUUCGCAAAGAAAAGAAAGACGCUUCCUACUGGCCUUCAUUAACAAAGGAUAAGAAAAAACCUCAUUACCUCAAGGUAGACUUCAAUAAGUGGAAAGAUGAAGAUGAUGAAGAAGACAAUGAGAAUGGUGGAGGCAACUCAAAUGACAUAGAAGAAAUGCUCCGGUCUAUGGUUGGCGGUGGAGGCGACAAGGCUGAUAAACCCUCAUUUGAUGACUUAGAAACAGACUCUGACGAUGAAAAUCUACCAGAUCUUGAAUAACAUCCCUGGAGUGAUAAAACUUUUAUUUAACACACGAAAAGUACAUUAUGUAUAAGGU